AUGGUGCUGUCCCAGAGACAACGAGAAGAACUAAACCGUGCCAUCGCCGACUAUCUUCGCUCCAAUGGCUAUGACGGCGCGUACUCCACCUUCAAGAAGGAGGCAGACUUCAACUUGAAUGAAGAUGCGGACAAAAAGUAUGCAGGCCUCCUGGAAAAAAAAUGGACAUCCGUCAUCAGAUUACAGAAGAAGGUAAUGGAGUUGGAGUCCAAGCUGAAUGAGGCCAAGGAAGAGAUUACCCAUGGAGUUCCGGUGGCUCAGAAGAGAGACCCCAAGGAGUGGAUCCCUCGCCCCCCAGAGAGAUACGCCCUUAGCGGGCACCGCGCCCCCGUCACCAGGGUUAUCUUCCAUCCCGUCUUCUCCGUCAUGGUCACGUCCUCCGAGGACGCCACCAUUAAGGUGUGGGACUAUGAGGCGGGCGAUUUUGAGCGGACCCUGAAGGGCCACACAGACUCUGUUCAGGACAUCUCCUUUGACCAGUCCGGCAAGCUGCUGGCGUCGUGUUCUGCCGACAUGAGCAUCAAACUUUGGGACUUCCAGGCUUUUGAGUGCAUCAGGACCAUGCACGGCCACGACCACAAUGUCUCGUCGGUCGCUAUCAUGCCCAACGCUGACCACAUUGUGUCGGCGUCCAGAGACAAGACCAUCAAGAUGUGGGAGGUGGCCACCGGAUACUGCGUGAAGACGUUCACAGGCCAUCGAGAAUGGGUUCGAAUGGUGCGCCCCAACCAGGACGGCUCGCUGAUCGCCAGCUGCUCCAACGACCAGACGGUGCGCGUGUGGGCCGUGUCAUCCAAAGAGUGCAAAGCGGAAUUGAGAGAGCACGAACACGUGGUGGAGUGUGUCGCCUGGGCCCCUGACAGCGCUCACCCCACCAUCUUGGAGGCAACAGGAUCAGAGAAUAAGAAGAGUGGCAAGGUAGGACCGUUCCUCCUCUCUGGAUCCAGAGACAAAACCAUCAAGAUGUGGGAUGUCAGCAUCGGGAUUUGCAUAAUGACUUUGGUGGGUCACGACAACUGGGUUCGUGGCGUGCUAGUGCACCCCGGCGGUGGCUUCAUCCUGAGCUGUGCCGACGACAAGACUUUGCGCGUUUGGGACUACAAGAACAAACGUUGUACCAAGACGCUCAGCGCUCACGAGCACUUUGUCACCUCUCUGGAUUUCCACAAGACUGCCCCUUACGUGGUGACGGGCAGCGUGGACCAGACAGUCAAAGUGUGGCAGUGUCGCUGA